ACAUUCACGUCAAAAAAUAAUUUCACGACAGCAACAAAAAUCACCCCUUUCAAAUAAAUUAUAAAAAAUAACAAUGUUCCUACUAAAUAUUUUUUCUAGGACGAAGCAAUUAUGCUCCAAUUUGGUUAGUGUGCCAAAAUUCUUAACUCUGGCGAAUGAAGGCGUUUUAGUGAGACCCUUUGCUAAGAAAGCGGGAGAUGGUGGCUGUAGAAGAGCUAUAGUAGAUAUUCCACCUGAAGUUGAUCCAGUGUGCCCUCAGCCUUGCGAAAGAAGGACAAAGAAGAAAGAAGGAAUAUUACACAGAAUUAAAAUGAGAGUUAUUGAAGGAGGCACCAAUUUUGGAACACCAUUUCGCCGCCUUGAGUGCAAAAAGGUUUGCAAGGAGCCGAAAGAGCCUGAGCCGAAGGCGCUCCCUCCUCCGAAGAAGACACUGCCUCCGGUGCCGGAACCUCGGCCAGGCGUGCAGGUAUCGGUGCUUGGUGCGGACACUCCUGUCGGACAAUACGUAGCACUGUUGCUGAAACAGUGCCCUUGUAUCAAGAAGUUGCGCCUAUACGAAGCCACGGAUACAGAGUGUGCGGAGUGCACGCGAGAUCUUUGCGAAGUAGUACACGACCUUCAGCACAUCAACACCAAUUGUUUGGUUCAAGCUUUCAGCUGCGCUUGCAAUGAGCUGGAGAGAUGUUUGCAGAAUACUGAUAUAGUUCUGAUGCUGGAAAAUGGCUAUUUAAACCAGGACAUGGAUUUUGAGAAACGGUUUUGCUAUCAAGCGCCCAUCGUGAAACAUUAUGCAGACGCCAUAGCAAACGAAUGUCCUAAAGCGUUCAUCGUAGUUUGUGCUACCCCUAUUGAUUGCAUGGUGCCGUUGGUUGCUGAGACGCUAAAGGAAACGGGAUGGUACGAUCCUCGGAAGUUGUUGGGUUCUGUGGCCGUUCCUGAAAUGCGAGCAAGCACGCUAGCAGCAAGAGCCCUUUGUCUUGAACCACGAUAUACGAGAGUGCCUAUAGUGGGGGGCACUGAGGGAGAAUCGCUAGUACCCUUGUUUUCGAAAGCCGUUGAAUACUUUGAUUUUGCAAGGCACAACGCGCUAAUGAUGACGGAUACCGUCCGCUGCGCUCCUUCAGCGGUGACAAGAACUGAUGGUGCUUGCCUGAGGGCUGCAGAUCUCAGUGAGGCUCAUGCUUUAGCCGGUCUAGUCACUAAAGUAGCCCACGCCCUACUCUGCCACGAUAUACCAAGAGUGUCAGGAUUUGUUGAGACAGAUGCUGGUCAAGUGAUAUCACCUGCCAGAUACCUCGCCAUAGAGACGCUACUAAACAACCACGGAAUAUGCCGGAAGUUCGACCUACCCGAAAGGUUGAACAUGCUUGAAUUGGACCUCCUUGAUACAGCCUUUGAACACAUUCAGUACAACGUGAACCUGGCCCAUAGUUGGUACGAUGAGCUAAUGAUGCAGGAGUGCGAGAGAUGUCGGAUGGGUAUGGUGAAGAAUUUCCACAUUCCACGGCAUUAUCAUCAUUUGGAUGACUGUGCUGUGCAUCUGACAUGAAGAUAUUGACUAAUUAGGCUGGAAGCAUCAUACUGAACUUACUUAACUGAAUAAUGGAAUACGAACUAAAGAUCAUGGACAUUUAUGAUUCAGUCUUUGCUGAGAUCAAGUGCGUUUAGAAACCUCGCUAAUAUGAGUGGUGCCGUAUUUCCAAAAUCCGUUCCGAAAUUUCUUCCGUUGAGGUUGGAAGAAGUACUAGUCUGCUGUUAGGUAUUGGAAGUUUUGUAGGCAAUACAGUCCGUUUUGCUGCGUAUAAUUAAUCUUCGCCGCGCCUACUGUUCAUUUCGCGCGUGAUAUUACUCGACGUUUAAACGUUGAAAAGAUAGGGCCGUGUUCAAUGAAAAAGGUAUGCCUACGUUUUUGCUUCGUCAUUAGAGAAAUAAGUGUACCUUUUCAAAAAAUAACGAUCGGUGUUCUCUAAUAAACGAGUUGAUUCCGUAGUACAGUUGUUCAGUAAAAUAAUAAUU